UUCACGACGCUGGACGGAGUUGUUUGCGAAAGCUCCAUUACUUGCUUUAGCCAACUAUCGACGUCUUACGUCUUUUUAUACUCUUUUCUUGAGGAAUUUGGAAACUUCACUCAUUACAAAAUGCGUGAGUGCAUCUCAGUUCAUGUUGGACAAGCUGGUGUACAAAUUGGUAAUGCCUGUUGGGAAUUGUAUUGCUUGGAACAUGGCAUUCAACCUGAUGGUCAGAUGCCAUCCGACAAAACUGUUGGAGGAGGUGAUGAUAGUUUCAACACCUUCUUUAGCGAGACUGGUGCAGGAAAACAUGUACCCAGGGCAGUUUUCAUUGACUUGGAACCCACUGUAGUUGAUGAAGUACGUACGGGUACAUAUCGUCAGCUGUUCCACCCCGAACAGUUAAUCACUGGCAAGGAAGAUGCAGCUAACAAUUAUGCUCGUGGGCACUACACAAUUGGAAAGGAAAUUGUUGAUCUUGUGCUUGAUCGGAUUCGUAAAUUGGCCGAUCAAUGUACUGGUCUGCAAGGUUUUCUCAUCUUCCACUCAUUCGGUGGUGGUACUGGUUCUGGAUUCACAUCUCUCUUAAUGGAACGUCUCUCUGUUGAUUACGGAAAGAAAUCGAAGCUAGAAUUUGCCAUUUAUCCUGCUCCACAAGUCUCCACAGCGGUUGUUGAACCAUACAAUUCAAUUCUCACAACGCAUACCACUCUUGAACAUUCCGACUGCGCAUUUAUGGUCGACAAUGAAGCGAUUUACGAUAUCUGUCGUCGUAAUUUGGACAUUGAAAGACCUACUUACACGAACCUGAAUAGACUGAUUGGCCAAAUCGUUUCUUCCAUUACCGCUUCUCUGCGAUUUGAUGGCGCCCUGAACGUUGAUCUAACAGAAUUCCAAACGAAUUUGGUACCUUAUCCCAGGAUUCACUUCCCAUUGGUGACAUACGCGCCUGUCAUCUCAGCAGAGAAGGCUUAUCACGAACAGCUCUCUGUAUCAGAGAUUACAAACGCAUGUUUCGAACCAGCGAAUCAGAUGGUGAAAUGCGAUCCACGUCACGGCAAAUACAUGGCCUGCUGUAUGUUGUACAGAGGUGAUGUUGUACCCAAGGACGUGAACGCGGCUAUCGCCACCAUUAAAACGAAGCGUACCAUUCAGUUUGUUGAUUGGUGCCCCACUGGAUUCAAAGUUGGCAUUAAUUACCAGCCCCCGACAGUGGUACCUGGUGGCGAUCUUGCCAAGGUGCAGCGUGCCGUCUGUAUGUUAUCCAACACUACAGCUAUCGCGGAAGCCUGGGCUCGUCUUGAUCACAAAUUCGACUUGAUGUAUGCCAAGCGAGCAUUCGUUCACUGGUACGUCGGUGAAGGUAUGGAAGAAGGUGAAUUCUCCGAAGCUCGGGAAGACCUUGCAGCUCUCGAGAAAGAUUACGAGGAGGUCGGAAUGGACUCCGCAGAAGGCGAAGGAGAAGGCGCUGAAGAAUACUAAAUGAUGGAGUUUUGAUAGUUUUUUUUUUUGAAUAAAGAAUCUGAUUUCCGUCAGUAA